GUUUGAUAUGAUGAUUAGAACAUAACCGGAGUGACACGUUGAAUUCGCCAUAAUCAAGGAACCUUUUCCGGGUGGGGAUCUCUGAAAUUACUCAGUGAGCUACCCUAAUUAACCUGAUUUUUUGCUGAUAAUCACUCUCAAUGGAAUCAAAUCACAAAUCCGGGGAUGGAUUGAGCGGCACCCAGAAGGAAGCAGCCCUCCGCGCACUGGUCCAGCGCACAGGAUAUAGCUUGGUCCAGGAAAAUGGACAAAGAAAAUAUGGUGGCCCUCCACCUGGUUGGGAUGCUGCACCCCCAGAAAGGGGCUGUGAGAUCUUUAUUGGAAAACUUCCCCGAGAUCUUUUUGAGGAUGAACUUAUUCCAUUAUGUGAAAAAAUUGGUAAAAUUUAUGAAAUGAGAAUGAUGAUGGAUUUUAAUGGCAACAAUAGAGGAUAUGCAUUUGUAACAUUCUCAAAUAAAUUGGAAGCCAAGAAUGCAAUCAAGCAACUUAAUAAUUAUGAAAUUAGAAAUGGGCGUCUCUUAGGGGUCUGUGCUAGUGUGGACAACUGUCGAUUGUUUGUCGGGGGAAUCCCAAAAACCAAAAAGAGAGAAGAAAUCUUAUCGGAGAUGAAAAAGGUCACCGAAGGAGUCAUUGAUGUCAUCGUCUACCCAAGUGCUGCAGAUAAAAGCAAAAACCGGGGCUUUGCCUUUGUGGAAUAUGAAAGUCAUCGGGCAGCUGCCAUGGCUAGGAGGAAACUGUUACCAGGAAGAAUUCAGUUAUGGGGACAUCCGAUUGCAGUAGACUGGGCAGAGCCAGAAGUAGAAGUUGAUGAAGACACCAUGUCUUCUGUGAAAAUCCUGUAUGUAAGAAACCUUAUGCUGUCCACCUCUGAAGAGAUGAUUGAAAAGGAAUUCAACAAUAUUAGACCAGGUGCAGUAGAGAGGGUAAAAAAAAUCCGAGACUAUGCCUUCGUGCACUUCAGUAGCCGAGAAGAUGCAGUUGAGGCUAUGAAGGCUUUAAAUGGGAAGGUGCUGGAUGGUUCCCCCAUUGAAGUGACCUUAGCCAAACCAGUGGACAAGGACAGUUAUGUUAGGUAUACCCGAGGCACAGGUGGAAGGGGCACCAUGCUUCAAGGAGAGUACACCUACUCUUUGGGCCAUGUUUAUGAUCCCACCACAACCUACCUUGGAGCUCCUGUCUUCUACGCCCCCCAGGCCUAUGCAGCAAUUCCCAGUCUUCAUUUCCCAGCCACCAAAGGCCACCUCAGCAACAGGGCCAUUAUUCGAGCCCCUUCUGUUAGAGAAAUUUACAUGAAUGUACCUGUAGGGGCUGCGGGAGUGAGAGGACUGGGCGGCCGUGGCUAUUUGGCAUACACAGGCCUGGGUCGUGGAUACCAAGUCAAAGGAGACAAGAGAGAAGACAAACUCUACGAUCUUUUACCUGGGAUGGAGCUCACCCCAAUGAAUCCUGUAACUUUAAAACCCCAAGGGAUUAAACUUGCUCCCCAGAUACUAGAAGAAAUUUGUCAGAAAAAUAACUGGGGCCAGCCAGUAUACCAGCUGCAUUCUGCCAUUGGACAAGAUCAAAGACAAUUAUUUUUAUACAAAAUAACUAUUCCUGCUCUGGCGAGCCAGAAUCCUGCAAUACACCCUUUCACACCUCCGAAGCUAAGUGCCUAUGUGGAUGAAGCAAAGACAUAUGCAGCUGAGUAUACCUUGCAGACCCUGGGCAUCCCCACUGAUGGAGGUGAUGUGGGGAGCACACCUGCUGUUGCUGCUGCUUCCACUGCUAUUUUCCCAGGAUAUGCUGUUCCCAGCGCAACUGCACCAGUGUCUGCAGCCCAGCUAAAGCAAGCAGUGACCCUUGGGCAAGAUCUAGCGGCAUACACAACCUACGAGGUCUACCCUACUUUUGCAGUGACUGCUCGAGGGGAUGGAUAUGGAAACUUUUGAAGAUACCUUUCUUUUAAAUUAAGAAUAAGAAACACAAAACUCUAUAUAGAAGAAAUAAACCUCUCACUCAGUCCUCUAAUGAUCAUAAGCCAUGCCUUUCCUAAACUAGUUCCUUUCCUAAGACUGUAUAACUUACACUCAUUGUAGAAUCAUGAAAUGUGAAUGCUGUUCCUAGAUGAAAUCAAAUGUUAAGGAGCAUUUUGUUUAACAGGAAACUGCAGAGCCAUUGACCCCAAAUUUAUUCUUCCAAGGUUCCUGAGUGUCCUGAGAGUAUGUUUACAAAACAGAGAGGGAGAGAUCUCUUAGCAGGCAGGUGCUGGGACUGAGCAGACCUAGGCUGUCACUAACAAGGGGUAGUUGAUUAAACUUUGGGUUCUCAACCCCUGGCUCAGCUGCUUUUGUGAUACACAGAGGCACUGAGAGGCAAAAGGAAGGUGGAGGUUGCUUUGCAAAAUACCUUCGCCAUUGCCCAGAGUGUGAGGCAUGAUCCCAGGCCUGAGACCAAGAAAACUGUCCAAGAUUUUAUGGAUUCAGCAUCACUUCAGUCUGAAAAUUCCACCCAGUCAAAAUUUGUCAUAAAUUAGGAUCUUUUUGUCCCCUUCAGUCCCUGGGGACAUCCUAGAAACUGAUAUGAUGUAUUGCACAUACAGCUGAAACAGUUCCAGGUCCCAUGUUUAUUCAACUCUUUACCCUACACCUAUUUUUCUCUAGAACUCCUGCCCUGCCCAGGAUGCCACAGCACAAAAACCAUACCAACACGAAGUAACUUUCUCAUUUUAAAAACUUUGACUUAUCCAUACAGAUUUGCUUGUUCAUCUCAUACCAUUGUGUUCAUCUCUAAUGUAGUAAAAACAGUUACCACCUCUACAGGAUACCACCUAUAAUAUUUUUUUUUCCUAUUCAGCAAAUUAGCUGAAGAGUCAAGUCAAAGAGAAAAGUGAAGAUUUGCUGUUGUUUUGUUGUUGUUGUUAUUGUCAUUCUGUUGUUUUGCUUUGGGUGGUGGUGGUUGUUUCGUUUUGUUUUGCUUUGCUUUGCAGUACUGGGGAUCAAACCCAGGGUCUCCUGCAUGCCAGGUAGGCACUCUACCCCUGACCUAUAUCCCCAGUCCUAUUUCCAACUCUGAUUUUUUGCAGCACCCAAACCACCAUCAAGUAUUUAGAGACAGUUACAUUAACUGGGGGAUAGCCUUGAAUUAUUGAACUCAUAGAGUCCUUUCCUUUUACUUUCAGUUAAUAGAAGCAGUUUUAUCAAACCUGAGUCCUUUUGUCUUGAAACCAUUCCAAGAUAAUUCUAUAUCCAUCACUGCUGAAAAAGAACUGUUUCUUCAAAGACUCAGCAAGAAUGUUAUUUGCCCAAAUCCCCUAGAGUCUUGGACUGUUCUCCAUGAAUAUCUGAUGGUGAUGGUGGGGAGAUGCCACCAACCAGGAAUGAGGGUACAAAGGAGUUACUUCCCCAACAUACUUGUAACCACUUUAUUCAAAACAUAAGCAAUCAAAUUGGUGUGGGGGGGGGGCUUGCAAAAUUAUAAGACACUUAAAGGAAAACAAACACAAGGUGUCAAUAAUUUUGUCAGCUCCUUAAUGGGGUUCUGUAAUCCAAAAUCAGGCCAUAUUCCAAUCAAAGUCAGCUACAUUUCAAUCACAAUUAAAAGUCCCUGUAACAUUUCAAUUCUAUGAAUUCCAAUCAGACAUCAAAGACUUCAAAAUGACAGUUGAAAUUCUGAAAGAUUUUUGUGCUUUCUGUUUCACAUUUAGUUUCUCAAAUUCCCAAGGAUAACAGUUCCUAAACUUGGCUGCAACUGGAAACACCUGGAGAGCUUUUAAAUAUGCUAACGCCAAGAUCGCACCUCGUACCAAUUACAUCAAAAUGUCUUGGAGUGAAGACCUGGCAUCCAUACUUUUUAAAAAUUCCACAGUGAUUUCAAUGUGCAGCUGAGUUUGGGAACUACUGUAUUCUUUGUAUUUUCACUCCAUCUCUUAAUUUUCUUUAAAAAAUUCACUUUUAUUAAAUAGAAAAGUGCAGGGAAAAAUGAGUUAAAUAGCCAAAUCAUAGUUUUGCAUAUAUUCACCUUGUAAAGAGUAUGCAUUUAAAUACAAUUCAUUUUGGCUUCAAACUAAGUCUUCAGCCAAACUCUAAAAAUGAGAACAUGAAAAAAUUACUUCUAAAGUAAUUCUUAUAUCCAAAUUUACACUGCCCCAAAGAUCUGCUUUUAUUCUUAAAGAAAACAAUUACAAAUAUUCUCUGGGGCAAGAUAAAUUUCUACUCAACCUAAAAAAGCAUUCCAAAUUCCAAGAGCAAAAGUUUUGAUUUUCCUUAGAAUCUUUGAAAAUAAAUUGCAAAGGCCAUUAUGCAAAGUCUAGUCAAUGCAAAAUAGAAGGACUCGUUCAGAGAAAUUUUAAAUGUAUUCAAAAUGAAAAGAUGAUUAGUUACUACAGGAAUCUCCUUAUGAGAAAAAUCAUUAUUCUGGAUGACACGUUAUCAAUGAUUUUUUUUUAAAUGAAGAGCAAAUAUCUAAACAUAAAAAAAUACUAAGGUGCCAAGAAAAUUACCUGUGGAGCACCAUAUCAUUACUUUUAAGGAAAAACACAAGUAUACAUGACAUUUGCCUUCUUAGGACUGGUUUUUAUACAAGUGAGUAGAUAUGCUUUGGAGACUUUGAAUCCCCUUAGAAUAUAUUCAUGUAUCUACUGUGCUGUAUGCUUGUUUUUAUUUUCCCCAAGUUAAGACAUAUAGAGCAAGUCCUGCUAUGAUGAAUUUGAAACUCUGGGGAGGAAAAUGAAAUUUUUUAAAAACCAAGUGUAGAACUGAAAGUUAAUUUUUCAUAAUGUUCAUAUUUUUAGACUUGUGAAAUUAGCAAUAUUUAACACCUCCAUACCUUACCCAUAAUUAUUCAUUUUUCUAUUUCUUCCUUGACUGCUAAUUCUCCAUUAAAAAAAAAAACCCAUAAAAUUAGUUAACAAACCAAGUGAUAAUAAUAAAAUACCUAAACCAAUAAUUUAGAUAUCUAGUACUGAAUUUCUAAAUAUUGGCAAUGAACAGCUUAUUGAUGGUUGAAAUCAGCCCAAUAUUAUUUAGGAGGAAACGGAAAAGCAUUGAAAUUGGGUGUUUGUUUCCUUACCUGUAAAAAUUUUACCUCUUCUCAAAUUGCUGUAUUUCUCUCCCACCCCCUUAAUAUAUGAAGAAAAUCACCUGUGCUGCAAUAAACUAUAACUUUCUAGAUAACUACGGUACCCUCCAACAUGUAGUAUCAUACCAAACUACACUGUGUUUGGGUAUCAACACCCAAAAUGCUGCUAGAAAACUACCUCAUAUUAAGAAAACAUUGACUUCAAAAAACAUCUAACAAAAGAGGACCUAUUUCCAAACCACAGUUCCUCAAUGUUUUGAAGGGGGAUGGAAGUUAAAUUGUAGCUAUGUAUUGUUAAUAGCUAUGAAUUGAUCAUAGCUAUGUAGAAAAUAAAUUUUUUACUCAUUUGCUUUUUAAAAAGUUCCUUUAAGUCUCAUAGAUUAGCAAAAUGCUAUAUGAACAUAAUUUUUAAUUUAUGCUCAUUAUCAGUUUACUAUUCAGUAUAUUUUCAUAUUUUUCAGAACAGGGAGUCCUAGUCUCCCCUUAUUCCCCGUGGACACAAACCCUGAAUUCCAUUUUCAUUUUGCAGAGCUUGGCCAGCUUGUCAGGAGACAAGAUGGCUCUUGGGGAUGCUGGCUCAACCUGUCAAGAUCCACAGGGUCUCAAAACAUUUGGCAGUUUCUUUUUUCCUUAGGCCAAGUUACUUACAUCCCAAACCAGAAAGAACUUCCUAUGUAAAUCUAUACAUUAAAAAUCUUUUUGCCUUUUCCCCUUUCUUCCAUUCACAAAUUUGUUCAAACACUAACUUCCUUUCAGGUAACUUCAUUAAUACAGCUGCUUAGCAACUAUUUUUCACUGAAAAAAAAAAAGUUUCACAUAACCCCACACACAGUUUCUAUUAUUUUUAAUGUAAAAUAACAUUGACA